AUGAGAGUUUCAGAGAGUGUUGGUCAAAAAUUAAGGAGAGUCAAUAUUGAUUAUUCAUAAUAUGAUUUUGUAGAGAAUUCUCUUGAAUAUUACUUAAAACCUACGAAACCCAAAUUAAAUUAUUACAAACUUUUACCAAAACAACAAUCUCCUAAAAGAGAAAUAUCCCAUACUGUCUCAUGUAGAAUCAAACCUUAGAUUAUUGCCUAAUAAUAAACUGAAUCGAUCAAUCAAAAGAGUUUAUCAACUCUUCCUAAUCGAUUAAUAAUUCCUCAAAUUCAUAAUCGUUCUUUUAUUUUAAGAUAAAAGAAGCCAAGUAUUUAAGAGCGAUAUAAACAGAUUAUGGUAAAAUUAAAUAAAAAAUAGGAAUAUAAUGUAGAUGAGUAAUUUGUGGAAUUGAGAAGAUUGAUGACUCGGUAGAAAAAAUCAUCUAGUCUUGGAAAAAGAGUUAAAUUUUUAUAAUGA